CAUUCAUGAAAACAAACAUUUGCUUUCUGGUUUUAAUUUAGGGUUAGGCAUAAGGUUAGUAGUAAGGUUAGAUUUAAAAUUAAAUUUUAAGAAGAUGAAUUGUAGAAACGAGCGGGGUUUAUGACUUUGUGGCUGUGGUAACUAGUGACAACUGGCACAACCGAUAUAGGCCUAAAGUGUUUUUUUCAAAGUUGCCGGGAUGUCACAUGUCCUACUUAAAUCAGUAAACUCGUAACAACCUAAUCAAUCCGAAACAUCUAUUCGAUCAAAUAAGCAAUCUGUUUUGUGAACCAAAUUCGACACUCUCAUUGAACUCCAUACAAAAACUCCUCGUUCGGUGACCAAAAAAACGCCACCUCCUGGAGAAGACAGAUUUUGUGCCCAGUUAUCCUUCUCGCUUAGCCUCUUCCUCUCUGGUUCCCCAACACUUCGUUCUCCUCACCCGGUUUUACAUUCGGUUUUCAAUUAUACACAGUACACACAGGAAAAAAAACAUACCUAUAAUUGCUCCCGCAAUCCAUAUAUAUCACAGCCCAAUAUGCAACAUUCGUAGCCUACAUUGUUGCAAAUUGAAGUAGUGUAACUGUUGCUAUCUCUCAAUGCUGCAUCGUUACAUUGUAAUAUUCAUUUGAUUCCUUUGGAGUGAUUUCAAUAAGCUAUUAGUAAUUGGACAUCUUUUUCCUAUGUUAAAAUGGUUAUGCUUGAAUUUGACGCACUUCGAACAUGUGGGCUGCCUGUUGACAUGCUAAUAACGUUUCCCUGACGUUUGUUGUCUGCUUUUUCAAACCCGAGGAAAUGGACUCGCCUCCCAUUUUUUAUUGCCCAGUGUCCUGGGAGGAAAGUAACUUGGCGUUGAAGACGACAAUGAAAAAAUAGCCUACAAGCGAGGGUUGAUUUAAAACGACUUGUGUCUUACACUUUUGAACUCAUUCAAAUUGUAGUCUAUUACAGCUUUUGUUCGUGGGUCUGGUUUCGAUUUGUUUUACUGAAUGAGUCUGAUCGAAAAACGGUCCGUUCUUGACAAAACAUUCAAUUUUCAAAGUUGGAACUCCGUGAGAAAUAGAGAUGCGCUCAUUAAAGGAAAUGGGAACCACACAGACAUCCGGAAAACGCAUCCACGCGCCACGGCUGCCUCGCAUGAUGUCAAUAUGUUUUAACAAUACAAAGUAUUCCUUCAAGGACCUCGAUUGAGAUACCGCAUAUGCCCGCUUGUCAUGGGUGCGUCUACGGGUUAUUUUGCUCUGCUCCAUAUGCUUUUGGAGCGCUUAUGCAAUGAGACAACCGGGAAUUAUUAAGUAGGACUAGCCUGCAUUGAUACAUAUCACGACAAUAUGGCUGAUCAGAGUAACAUCCAGUCUGCUGCUUCCAAAAGCAUCCGACCGUUCAAGUCCAGCGAGGAAUACCUGUAUGCCAUGAAGGAGGACUUGGCCGAGUGGUUUAACACGCUGUAUGACCUGGAUAUAACGGCAGACACCUUUAUGGAAGGGCUGGAGACUGGCUGUGCCCUCUGUCGGCAUGCCAACAAUGUGAAUCGAGCAGCGCUGGACUUCCAGAUGGAGUACCCGGAGGUUGCACAGUCAUUGAGGAUGCCAACCAAGGAUGUGGUUUUUCAGUCACGCAAUGUGGUCCCGGGGUCGUUUUUGGCUCGGGAUAAUGUAUCCAAUUUCAUCGGCUGGUGUCGUCAGGAGCUCUGGAUCAAGGAUGUUCUGAUGUUCGAAACCAACGACAUAGUGGAGAAAUGCAACGAGAAGAACUUUGUGCUGUGCCUGCUGGAGGUGGCGCGGCGCGGGGCCAAGUUCGGCAUGCUGGCCCCGAUGCUGAUCCAGCUGGAGGAGGAGAUCGAGGAGGAGAUCCGGGACCAGGAGAACCAGGGGGAGCCCAGUCCAAGCCUACUUCCAAUAAGCAGGGCUUUUGUUCGCAAGGAGAGUGUGGUUGAUGAACCCGAGCCUGCCUCUUAUGCACAUUGGCAACAGAAACAGAGGGUGCUGUGUGACAUGAGAAACUUAGAUGAGUUGGUGCGGGAGAUCCUGGGCCGUUGCUCCUGCCCCGCCCAGUUCCCAAUGACCAAGGUGUCUGAGGGGAAGUACAAAGUGGGAGACUCCAGCGCUCUGAUUUUCAUACGGGUCCUACGUACUCAUGUGAUGGUGCGUGUGGGCGGGGGAUGGGACACAUUAGAACACUAUCUGGACAAGCAUGACCCCUGCCGCUGUGCCGCCUUCGCUCACCGGUAUCACCAGGCCAAAGCCAGUGGGCAAGGUGCCCACAGCAAGUCCUCCAGCGCCCACUCCUCCCGCUCCACCAGCCCAGGCCCACACUGGCGUAAUGAGGGCAUUGCCCCCUAUAAGCCCCCUGACAGACGUUCCCAGGGCCUGGAGCCUCUGUGUGCCCCCUCGUCCACCCGGCCUGGCCGCUCCCACCACCCCUCCCUCCCCACGGAGCUCGACUCCAACGCAGGACGCACUCCCCUGCUACCACGGCCACCACGGGACCGCUCAGAACCUCGACACUUCAACCCUCUCAAGUCUAAGGACUCGUCAUUGAUGCCAGUGACCCGCCGUCUAUCAGGGGACAGCGACUCCUCUACAGCCUCCUCUAAGGGAGGAGGAGGGGCAGGGGGAGGCCGCUUCUCUCUGGGAGGCACCCGUCGCUCCGGAGAGGAGGUGGUCCUGCUGGUCAACAGGAAGGAGGGGAAGCAUUUGAUCGAAAGGCCUGGAGGAGGAGGUCAGAUCCCAGCCCUGUGCCCCCCAAUGCCUCGCGCACGCAGCCACUCUCGGGAACGCCCUGCCCCUGCCACCAUCCUCAAACCCAGCCCCCCACAGGGCCCCUCUGACGGGCUCAGGACCAGUCGUGGGGACAGGGGCCGCUCUCUGGGGCCCGAAGGCCCCCGCAGGCUCCAGGCCCCGCGUUCCCACAGCCAGGGGAAGAUGCCCAGCCGGAGUCGAACCAACGAUGCCAGCCCUGGAUCCUGUCCCCGUCAUGGUGCCUCUCAGCCCCCAUCCUCUGACAGACGAGAGGAGCUGAGGGCCAAACAACUACCCCCUGCCUCCCCCAGAAUCAGUGGAGGUUUCUCCAGGAGACAAUCAUCCUCCUGUUCUAAUUCGCCUAUCAAAGGACUUCAGAGCAGCAGCCCCAGUAAGAAGACUAUGGUGGCUCCCAGGCCCCCCGCUCCACGCUCCCCCUCAGUAGGGAAGAGUAGGCUGCUGCCCCCAGUCUCCCAGGCAGGCCGACGCUCUCCACACUCCACUUCCCCCCGCUCCUCUCACUACCAUGGGCAUGGACCCCGCUCCCCUCGAACCUCCCAUGGCCCUCGCUCCAAUGGGCAUGGCCACAGGGGGUUGGCCGGCUCUGAGCGACAGGAGCCUGAGGAGGAGGGGCUAGGCUAUAAGUUCCAGAUGCUGCCCAAUCUGGACCCCCAGAAGGAGCAGGACCUGUACCGCAGCUUCGAGGCUGAGUUCCUGGCUAAUACAGGGCAGGGCAAAGUGGGGCCCAGUAGACCAAAAGGGGGGGACAGCCUUCAGCUGCCCGCCUCCUCACAUCCACAACAGGGGGUUGGGACCCAAAACCUCCCCACACCUGCCUCUGCUGACCCUAAUGUUACUGACUCAGCCUACUCCUCCUCCAACUCCUCCACCUCCUCAAUCAACGUGGGGGGGAAGGUAGGAGCUCUGCCUGACCUCCGGGAGUCCAAGAGAACUAACCCACAUUCCUGUGGAAGACUAGAGAAUACCCUGGCCCCACUGCAUGGCCAUAGCCCGGGCGGAUUAUCUAACGGUGGGCACACAGAACCAGUGCGCUGGAGCGGGCGAGGUGGAGGUCUCAGGAAGCUCCCUGCCAUCUCCAGUUCCAUGGAGGAAGGGGAGCUCCUGUCCUCCUUCCCUGGCCAGAGAGACUCAGAGCUGGGCAUAGCUCUCAGCCAUACCCCCUCACAACUUCCUUUCAACCCCAGGAGCAUGAAUGUGGGCCAUGUCAGGGGUGCUCCAGCAGAGGUGCUGAUGGAGAGCCAGCAGGGUCAGCUGGGUUGGGGCUCAGGGCCUGAGGGAGACAUCCCUCUGGAGGAUCAACAACCAAGCCUCCCCUAUGACCUGGAGGAUGGAGACCCCAACGAGGACCUCCCUCCCCCAGAGUCUUGUCCCUCACCCAUCCCCCUUCCCCCCUCUGAGGACUGCUCCUUCCAGGAAGACUCCUCCAGUGAAAGCUCCUCCAUGUGCUUCAGCCUGAGUGAAUCACGCUCAGAGUCCUCUCCUCCUCCACCUCCUCCCCUAGCCAAUAGGGAUGCUGUUGAUGGAGGUGUGGUCCUCCGGCCAAAGAGGGUAGGUAAGAAGGCUGACAGGAUGCCCUCCAUCUACAAGCUCAAGCUGAGGCCGAGAGUCAGGCCCCGUACAGACAACCGGCCAGAGAACAGCCCAUCACGUAUCCCCACCCCAGUCAGCUACAGAGACCUGCAGGCCAUGGGCAACCUCACCCCUCUCCAUACCCCUACUCCUCCACAGUCCCCUCAGAGCUCACAUUCCAACGGCCACCCAGUCUCACGCAAGGCCCUGCACCAGGCCUUCGGCGACCUAAUCCACCCCCAGUCAUGCUCCACCGCCAUGGGAAGCAGGGACUGCACCUACUCCGUAGAGUCAGGGAGCGGCCUGGACACUGAGGCCUGGAUGUAACACACAACUUACUCAUCACGAUGAUGCUGAUAUAGAACAGUUUGUUGUCAAAUUAAAACUGACUACUGUCUAAAAGACUGGAAACCGGGCUGCAGACUAUUUUUAUAGAACAUGUCACAGUCGCACGCACACUCACUCAUUCUUUUAGUCACUUAGGCCCUUUCCUGUCUAUAUUGGUCAGGGUUUCACUAUCCCAUUCUAUUCUUUGCACUCAAAACCGAAUUAUUUAUUUCCAAAGGAGCAAUCCAGAAUCUAAGGCUAUUGUUUAAGUUGAAUGGUUUCUUUGUAUUUAUGGGGAUGUUUUGAUGAAUCAUAAAGUGUCUAAUACAAGGCAGGCAGCUGUCUUGAAAGCCCCAUGUUUUGCUGCCAUACAGAGAGAGAGAGAGAGAGAGAGAGAGAGAGAGAGAGAGAGAAAACAUAUGUGCUGUCAUAUGCAUCGCUGAGGGGCAUGAAGAAGUGCCAGGGCUGAGGAAGAGGAAAGAACCCCAGGCAGGAGCAGUGAAUCACAAGCACCAUCAAGUCAACUGGACUGGCUCCCUCUAGUGGACAGUGUAUGCCACAGCAUCUCUGUCCGCUUUGAUUGUUAAAAUACUGGUGAGGCAAGCCGCGCUGUAAAAUAUACUUUCUUGCUCUCAUUCUCCAUACUGCCACUCACCCUCUGCUAGUUACCCCCCUUCUGUGGACAUCUUUACAGAUAUAAUCUGUAUUGGACUCAUAUAUAAAACAAUUAUGAUACUUUACAAUGUUCACAAAUAACAGUCUUUUGGACUUUAUACACAGUACAUAUUCCAUAUGUGCACUGCUACUCACCUUCCGCCACCAACCCCCUGCAUCCUGAGUUGUUCAUUGCCAUACAUGUAUGAUGUCACUUUCUCACUGCCAAUCCAGAUGGCCAUGAUUGAGUGAUGUCUGUUUUUUGAGCUUUAAGUGUGAAAAUAUACAAAGCAUUUUCUAUGUGUUAACUGCAGUUUGGGGUAAGAGUAAGAUGAUUAUGUGUCAUUGUCACUGAAACAGCAAUGUUGAAUACUUCCAAUGAUCAAGAGUUAUCUGAACUUGGAAAUCAGCACUUAAAUAUGUAUACAAAAGUGGAUGAAUAUGCAUAAAUGUGUACAUGUGUAUAUAAAGUUGCAAGAAAAAGUAUGUGAACCCUUUGGAAUUACCUGGAUUUCUACAUAAAUUGGUCAACAAAUGUGAUCUGAUCUUCCUCUUAAGUCACAACAAUAGACAAAC